UUAACAACAAUUUAUUUUUAAUUUUUAGACCUUUAACUGUAAUUGCGUUGUCAAGUUCUUGUCCAAAUAAAAUGAGUCGACCAAGAUUUUGGCGACCUGGAGACGAUCAACCAAAUGAAAGCGUGAAGCAGGAACGGGCGGGGUCAGAUGACACAGUGGUUUUUAAUAACCAUGCCGAUCUGUCGCUUAUGAAUCAGCGAAAAAGGUUGCCAAUAUUUCAAUAUAGAAAUCAUAUUCUUUAUCUAUUAGAGAAGCAUAAUGUCCUAAUUAUAGUGGGGGAGACUGGGUCGGGUAAGAGCACGCAGGUGCCACAAUAUCUGGUUGAAAGUGGAUGGACAGAAAAAGGCAAACAUGGAUGUCUCAUUACACAACCUAGGCGUGUAGCUGCUGUUACUCUAGCGACUCGUGUGGCGGAAGAGCGAGGUUCUUUAUUGGGGGGUGAGGUGGGAUACGGUAUUAGGUUCGACGAUUGUUUUGAUCCAAGAGAAACAGUGAUCAAGUUUGUCACCGAUGGGGUCCUCCUUAGAGAGAUGAUGAGUGAUCCUUUGCUGAAGAAGUAUAAUGUUGUCAUUGUGGAUGAAGCUCAUGAGAGGAGCAUUAAUACUGACAUGUGCAUGGGGCUGUUAAAGAAGAUACAACGUAAGCGACAAGAUUUAAGGAUCAUAAUUUCUUCAGCGACCAUUUCAGCGGAAUUUUUUAAGGAUUUUUUCACGAUAAAAAACGCUGGAAAGUCUCAAGAUAAUGUGGGUGUGUUGUCAGUGGAGGGAAGGAAUUAUCCAAUUGAAGUUUUUUAUUCCUCCGACCCAGUGCCUGAUUAUGUGAAAGCAACCGUGGAGACAGUUUUGCAGAUUCACCGUCAUGAAGGCGAUGGCGACAUACUUGUGUUUCUGACAGGUCAGGAUGAAGUCCGGACAGCUGUUCGAUUAUUAAUUGAUGACCUUCGUAGCAGAGGGCAGGAUAAGAAGAAAUAUUUAAAAGUUUUGCCGUUUUAUAGCGGUUUACAUGAGAAAGAACAGUUUAAAGUGUUUGAACGAGUUUCUAGGAACACAAGGAAAGUUAUUGUGGCUACAAACGUGGCAGAAACAUCAGUAACUAUUGAAGGUGUUACGUUUGUGGUGGAUUGCUGCUUCGUUAAGCUCAAGGUUUACAACCCAUCGUCGGGAAUUGAAUCUUUGAUUGUUUGUCCCGCUUCCCAAGCAUCCUUGGAGCAAAGAGCUGGAAGAGCAGGAAGAUGCAGAAAUGGUAAAGUUUACCGUCUAUGCCCUGAGAAAGAAGCUAUGUCUUUGGAAAAAACCACCCCGCCAGAAAUGCAGCGUUCCAACCUGAUGUCUGUUAUUCUUCAGCUAAAAGCACUGGGUGUGGAUAACGUUUUACGAUUCCAUUUUAUAUCCCCACCUCCCGCACAGUGCAUGGUCCGUGGACUUGAACUGCUUUUUGCUCUCGGAGCUCUUGACCAAAACGGGAAUCUUACGUCACCAUUAGGGGUCACUAUGGCUGAGUUUCCAUUGAAUCCAAUGUUUGUGAAGAUGCUUUUGGAGUCGGAAAAAUUUGAUUGUUCAAGUGAGAUUGUAACUAUAGUAGCAAUGUUACAAGUCCGUGAUGUCGCAAUCUUUCCGACCAAUGAGCGAGGGAAAGCAGCAAUGGAGCAUCGUAAGUUCGCUGUCGCACAAGGAGAUCAUUUCACUCUGCUUAAUAUUUACGAUUGUUUCAUAAACGAAGGAAACAAAACAAAGAAAUGGUGCGAGAAGUAUUAUUUGAACUACAAAGCGCUGAAGAGAGCGGUAAAAAUACGUGAGAAUCUUUGCAAAUAUAUGAACAGAUUCAAGGUAGCAGUACAACCUGCACAAAGUGACAUUUCUAAAAUCCAGCGCUGUAUUGUGUCAGGGUUUUUCGCAAACGCUGCUCGAUUACACCAUGAUGGUUCAUACAGAGGCCUCCAUAAUGAUGUCACACUCCACAUUCAUCCAUCAUCGGUCCUUAUUGCUGAAAAAUAUCCUCCAAAAUUUCUUGUUUUUAACGAAAUAUUGGAAACAUCGAAAAUGUUUAUGAGAGACGUCACAUUGGUUGAACCGGAUUGGUUACAUGAACUCGCGCCACAUUUUUAUGAGUUUGGAACGCAGCAUGAAGUUUAUUCUAAAAGAAUUAAACUUGACGUUUAAAUUUUUGAUCUAUUUAAAAUUUUAGACAAACUUGAUUAUUUUUGUCAUUAAAAAUGAUAUUUUUCCUUUAAUUUUUUCUGCUCCUCGCCCUAUAAUACAAUUUUGUGAAAUUU